GAAGUUUGGGCCGAAGCCUUGUGGGGUGGUCAAAUUUUGAACCCGGAACAUGUAGCUUUAUCAGGGUUUGCUUCAAUCUAGGCCUAGCCCAGAACAAGUCAAGUGAGAGUGUCGGCUCCAAAACCCUAAAAUCUACACAGGUUUUAGGACAUCAAACAGAGAGAGAGGUGCAUGUGGGUAAUCUCAGCAGGGAGGGAACGACAUAUUGGAGCCUUGAAUUCUGCUUCGCAUCACUGUAAAAGGCAAGCUUGGUUUCAUUGUUUGAGUAAGACCCAGAAUUUCAUGUUUUAUGCUUUACAUUACGCUCGUUUCUCUGUGAUUGUUGUUAUUCCAAGAGUAGCUUUUUAGUAUUUAAAAUCCUAUAGGAUUAGAGAUGAAACUAGCACAAAUCUGCAAGACCCUCAUCUCACUCUCUCACAAAAACCCUCCACAUCUCAACAAACCCCCAAUUCCCCAUUACUCAAUCUCUGUCUUAUGUUUCUCCUCCUCCUCCAUACCCAAUGGCAAAAAAUCGAAGUCCGCCAUAGCUGUCGUGGACUACUUGAUCAACCAGCACCAGUUCUCCCCUGAAGCCGCUCUUAAAGCCUCAUCAGCAGUAACUUACUUGAAAAAACCCGAAAAGGCAGAUUCCAUACUUUUGUUCCUCAAGGAGAGCGGUUUCUCCAAAACCCAUAUCGAGCAAGUUGUUAAGAGCCACCCCAGAGUUCUCUCUUCCAAACUUGCCAGUACCAUCCAACCGAAAAUCAAGGUUUUCCAGGACUUGGGCUUUACGCCCAAUGACAUUGCCGAGAUCAUAUCAACUGACCCGUGGGUUCUUAGACGGAGCGCGGAUAAUCGGCUUGGACCCUCAAUCUUGGCGUUGAAGAGUAUUCUGGGCUCCAAUGCAGGUGUUGUUAAGGUCUUAAAGAUUUCUGGGUGGUUUUUGAAGCAUGAUUUAGAAAAGACUAUGAUGCCCAAUAUCGAAUUUAUGAAGCGUUGUGGAAUUAGUUCUUCGCAGAUUGUUAAAUAUUUGUUCAACUUCCCAAGGUUUUUUCUCCUUAAGCCAGAGAGCAUUCGGGAUUUCGUUAAAACAGUUGAAGAAAUGGGUUGUGAUAGGAAAUCUAAGAUGUUUCUUUCUGCUAUUCGGACGGUGAGUUCAAUGACAGAGGAGAAUUGGGAGCUAAAGUUGAAGCUUUUUCGAAGCCUAGGGUUUUCAGAAAGUGAUAUUCUGUUUGCAUUUAGGAGGGUGCCUCAGGUUUUUGCUGUAUCUGAGAGGAAAAUCAAGAAGGUAACGGAGCUGCUGCUUAGUGCGUGGACCAUAGAUAUGUCUUAUAUAGUUAACCACCCGGAAUUGCUUAUUUGCAGCAUUGAGCGCAGGUUAAAACCCCGGCUACAAGUGUUGGAGAUUCUGGAAAAGAAGAAUAUGCUUAAGAAGAAACCCUGUUUGACCACAGUCUGCAAAAUGACUGAUAAGAAGUUCUCAGACAAAUAUGUGCUUCCUUAUUCAAAAGAACUCGGGGAGCCAAAUGUGGCUAGAGGGAAUUCAUAGAAAUUUUCUGGGAAUUCCUUAGCAUCUAAAAGAAGCCGUUAUACAAAAUCACUGUAUAAUCUUUGAUGUCCCUGGGCAAUUCAUCAAUUAAUAAUACUUGUAAGUGGAAUGCAUGAAGGGUUAAGUUUUGGAAGAGCCAUGACAGAAAUUGGAAACAUGGUUAUUCAGGGAUUAUAGAGCAGUAUGAGGCAACUAGGCCUUUGGACCAAAUGACAUCUCCUCCUGACAAUUAAUAAGAGGUGGAGGGUGAAGUCAGGUACAAUCUCCUGUGGGUGGGUGAGUUGUGAUACAUAGAAAAAAAUAAUGGUAAAAUAUGACAACUACAUGAGUUUAGAUCAAUCAAUGUUGUAUUAUGUACAAAAUAAGGAUGCUGAUAAGAACCAUGGUGAAAGGAGUAGAAUGCUUCUUUUGAAGCUGGAUACUUAUGGUUGUCGUACUCUAUCCUGAUGUUAUUUCUGUUCAAAGGUUAUCCAUCUUCAGUCCGAGUGGGGUUUCGUCAUUUUCCUCUUUCUCUUUUGUCACUUUCAUUUUCCUCUUCAAUACUCCCAAGUGUUUACUCUCAAGUGUUCACUCUCUGAUGCGGCAGUGAAAAUCAUUAUUGGAUGAAAUAACAAAUGAAAGUACGUGUAGCAUCUAAUGGUAAUUUUUACUGCCACAUCAGGGAGUGAGCACUUAGAAGACAUGUCAAGAGAGUUGUUUGGUA